AUGAAAUGGAAAAAUAUCUUGAGGGAAAUGGCACCGCUGAGGUCCACAGGCAGAUUCUUUCGACGCCAUCCUUCAGCUCUCUGCUUACUGAUUUUCCUACUUGUGUUGUACAAGUACUUCUUUGGCUGGUUCACCCUCAUCGUGACCACAUCACCUAUCUUCCUAAUCGCUGGCGUCUUUCUUGGAAUCAUCCUGGCGUACGGUGAACCGAACAAUCCUGAAAAAGAUCAUGUCUACAAAAAAAUUGAGAAUGCUCGGAGCUCGGAUGUCCAUAACAUCAGCAAAUCUGUUAGGGGUGUACCUCUUCCUACAAUUCCGUCCGGUGAAGAGAGAGUGGCGAAGCACAAAAACAGGGUUAAGAAAAUUAGGAGGCGAUCUCAUGGUGUAGCUUCUUCUUCUGAACCAGGAUCAAGUGAAUCAGGUGGUUCAGAUACUGAUACCGCUCCAAUGCUCCAUGCAUUUCGUCAUCUCGGGUCGGGCAGCAAUUCAUCACAGUCCUCUCAAGAUGGUGACUCCAAUGACAGCAGCACUGAAGAUGGAGCGGAAAACCAACAGGGCAAUGAUGGCAAUGUACGCAAGGGGAAACAGCAUGCUAAAGUUGUAGCAUGGACUGCUGACGACCAGAAGAACAUACUGAAAAUCGGGUGCUUGGAGAUUGAGCGUAACCAAAGGUUGGAGACCCUAAUUGCUAGGCGUCGGGCAAGGAAACACGCAGACAGGAACUUGAUAGAAUUUGGUAGCACUGAUUCCUUACCCACUAUUGAAGAACUAUCAAAGUUCAAUGUUCAAAUUCCUGCUGUUUUUGCUCCUAGAAAAAAUCCUUUCGAUCUUCCUUACAAUGAAGAUAACUUCCCAGAUUCUGCUCCAUCUGCGUUGUUGGAAACAGGAAACCCGUUUGAUCUACCAAGUGAGCAAGCAAAUGAGAGCAGCUCCAAUGGAGGAGCCAACUCAAGCCAGGCUGAACCUAUUCCUGUAGCAUGUCAUUUACAGAGGAGUGCACUGUUGAGGAGGCAUGAGAGCUUCACUGAAGGAGCACCAUUCCUUAGUGACUUUUUGCAAGAUACGCAGCCUUCCCGAUUCAGACCAUACUUCAUGACAGAAAAAAAAAUGGCUAACGAGGAAAUGACAGAUCCAGUUCUUGAAGGAGAAACUAGUGAAAAGAGCAACUCCAAGGCCAGCUCUGCUCAAGACUCGGCUAGUACUUCUUCAGUUGCCGACCAAGAAAGCCAGAAGGAUGUUCUGGAGGAUUGCUCAAACCAAGGACAACAAUCUUCUUUCAGUCAAACGGAGGAACAUGCACAUACAGCUCGGCAUGUAAGGGAGGUUUCUCUUGCCCUUGACAUGGAGCCACCUGUAUUAAUUAGUGAUUCCUCUGAUGAUGACAUAUCACUGUCUGGUGAACAUAUAAAUGAUUGGGAGGAAGCACAACAGAGUUUUUCUCAGAAUACAUUGGUAGAGGAUCCUAGUGUCAUGCAACACCAUCAAGAAAUAGAUAUGACAAGCAAUGGAUUGAAUCAGAUGUCCCCACAUUCAAAUGAUCUCGAGCUGACGUCGUCAUCAACCGAAACCACUGAUGAUCCUUUUGAAGUGAAUGACAUUGAACCACCAGCCAAGGAAGUGGUCGUCAUUGAUGAUACCCACGUUCUGGAUCCUGUGUACGAUUCAAGUCCUUCGGGAAGCGAGAGGCCCGCACCUAUUGGUUUAGUAACUGAUGGACCUGUCUUGAAAGAUGGUCAUGCUCGUACUCUUGAUGCUGAAGCAAGCAUCGAAGAAGGGGUUUCACCAUCAAGAAUGGAGGCUUCUUCCAGUGAGGUUGCUGGACCUAGUUUGAGUUCUGUGGAGGAAAGCAAAUUUCUAGAGAAAGAAGCCUCUGAGAUAAGAGAGCAGUCCAUGGUUGGCCAUGUCGAAGGACAUGGAGGUUCUGUCAGUCAUGCUGAUCCUUCAGUAUGUGAUAUAAGUUCUCAGCCAAGUACUGGAAGUUCAACAAAUGGUAAAUCUCAUUGA